UUUGGGUCUCCCCGGCAAGCGUGUACGAAUCCCCGGAUGUCGAGCAAAAUGGAGGCAUUGUUUAGUACUAGUUGUGACAGCCAGGUUGCCCAUCGAAAGCAGUCCUUGCUUCUUUUAUGAUUAAAAUGGAAACGAAAAGCAUCUGGUGGUUGCAAUAAAGUGUAAUCACAAUGGACAGAGACAUAAUGGACCACGAACAUGAUGACCAUGGAGAUAGUGACCAUGAUGGGAAGGACUCUCACAUUGUCUCAGCUGCACUUGCAGGCUUUCUGUUUGGCAACAUUGAUGAAAAGGGAGAGCUAGAAGGAGACUUUCUUGAUGAGGAGUCCAAGCGCCAUCUCAGCUCCCUGUCCCAGUUGGAGGGAUUGGGUAAUAUGAUGAAGGAGAUCACAGAAGACACGGAUGACAGGCAAUCACCAAUAGAGGACUCAUUAGCCUCAGACUACGGACAUAAAUCUCCAUCAGCUGUGGACUACUCUGACAUAAGGGAGGCUGUAGAGGAAGAGCCACUUGAUGAAGAUCAGAAAAGUCUGGCCACAUCUGUGGCAGAACAAAAACAAGGUGAUCAAGACAAUGAAGAGGAUGAGGAUCGCAAGCUGAUGCCUCCUCCAACUUGGCUUCCAACACCAUCCAUGAUAGGGUUACAGCACUUGAGGGAGUCUGACUUUGCUGCAUGUGGAACAGGCAUGUCAGCAGGGGAGAUGGAGAAGCCCAAACUAAACACACCACUGGCAAGCAUGCUUCCUCCAGAACUCUCCAACAUUGAUGUGACAAGUAUAUUCCCCGAGUUCAGGCCAGGAAAGGUGCUUCGUUUCUCUAGACUCUUUAAGCCAGUGCAUACACCACACCUGUGGCGCAAACGGAGAAAGAAAAAAACUGUUGAUGAAGAGAAGAAAGUAGACACAGAAAAAAAUGAUGAUGGUGAGUUAGGAGAUGAUGAAGAUGAGGAAGAAGAGGAGUAUCUUGAAGAUGAGGAAAUUGACAAAUUGUUGAAAUUGGAGCUGGGUCGACCAGCAAGACAUGAUGAAUGCACACCUGAUGAUGAGGACAUUAUAGUAAAGCCCGUAGAGAAUCGAUCAUCAAGUCUUAACCAAGAUGGCUCAGGUGAUGGUGACCACAAGGUCAAGGUUGCUCCCUGGCGGUUUGGCCCUGCACAGUUGUGGUAUGAUCGCAUAGGUGUUGAUGAGACAGGAGACAACUUCGACUAUGGCUUUAAAGUGAAAUUGAAAGAAGAGAAGGAUGAAGACAAAGAGACAAAAGUAUCAGAUAUAACACCUUCCCAGAGCAAACCUGCUGAGGUAGAUGAUGAAGUAUACCUUAUGGUGACUCAGAUGCAUUGGGAAGAUGACAUCAUCUGGGAUGGAGAAGAAGCAAAACAGCGUGUGCUGCAGUCACAUAAGUCUCGGGCAGAAUUUGCUGGGUGGGUGCCCAGUACCAACAGCAGAACUGCCGCACAGUUCCUGCAUCAGUCAAGACUCCAGCAAGGAGGAGCACUGCAGAAAUGUGGCCCUAACUUUAAUAAAAUGCUAUCACGACAAGAUGGGGCUGGUGAUGGGAAAGAUGGGGAUUGGUAUUCCAUCUUCCCUAUUGAAAAUGAAGUCUUAGUCUACAAGAGAUGGGAAGAUGAUAUUAUAUGGGAUGCACAGAACAUGGAGAGAAUUCCAAGCCCUCCCAUCAUGACUUUGGACCCAAAUGAUGAAAAUAUUAUUCUAGAAAUCCCUAAAGAUGUUGACCCCACUGAACAGACAGAGCCGACAGGCAAAAAGGAAAAGGAGAUACGUAAAUCCAGGAUCCUUCUUGGCAAAGCUGGCAUCAUCAAAGACGAAGAGGAAGAAAAAGAAGAGGUGCCAAGUGCAGUACAAACAAAAGAUCCAUUCAACCUCUCCAAUGAUGAGCACUACAACCCUAAAGUCAUGGACAGUGCCCUUCGACCCAACAUAGGCAGUAGUCUCAUCCAGCAUUCUACUCCUGCAGCUGAGCUACGGCAACCAUUCUUCCCAACCUACAUGGGUCCCAUGAAACUGCGUAGUUUUCAUCGCCCACCCCUUAAGAAGUAUUCACAUGGCACUAUGGCUGAGAAAGGACCACAUCAAGUGCUUCCCUUGCAAAAAAUUAUCAAAAGGAAAGCAAAGAUGCGAGACCAAGAAAGGCAGGCGUUUGGGGGAGGAGAGAUAUUCUUUAUGCGCACCCCUCAGGACCUUACUGGCAUGGAUGGUGAACUAAUUUUUGUGGAGUACUCUGAGGAGUUUCCUCCCCUCUUAAAUCAAGUUGGCAUGGCAUCCAAAAUUAAAAACUACUACAAACGAAAACCAGGUAAAGAUUCAAAUCCUCCAACAUUCAAAUAUGGUGAACUGGCUUAUGCUCAUACUUCACCCUAUCUGGGAACUCUGCGACCUGGCAACUGCCUACAAGCCUUGGAGAACAACAUGUUUCGCUCACCCAUUUAUGAGCAUGCUAUGCCUAGUUCAGAUUUUCUCAUCAUUCGGACACGACAGAAUUACCAUAUUCGAGAGGUGAACACUAUUUACUGUAUUGGACAGCAGUGUCCACUAUAUGAGGUGCCUGGUCCCAAUUCCAAAAGAGCAAACAAUUUUGUCAGAGAUUUCCUCCAGGUGUUUAUUUACCGUCUUUUUUGGAAAAGCAAAGACCGGCCCCGCAGAAUCAAAAUGGAGGACAUCAAGAAGGCAUUUCCAUCACAUUCUGAGAGCAGCAUUCGCAAACGUCUAAAGCUUUGUGCAGAUUUUAGACGCACAGGCAUGGACUCUAAUUGGUGGGUAUUAAAAAAUGACUUCCGACUACCUAAUGAGGAAGAAAUUCGUGCAAUGGUGUCACCAGAACAGUGCUGUGCUUGGUACAGCAUGAUAACUGCUGAGCAAAGGCUCAAGGAUGCGGGAUAUGGGGAGAAGUCCUUGUUUGCUCCUGAGGAAGACAAUGAAGAGGAUACCCAGACCAAGAUAGAUGAUGAGGUGCGAGCAGCCCCUUGGAACACCACCAGAGCCUUCAUUGCUGCCAUGAAGGGCAAGUGCCUUCUUCAGCUGCAUGGUGUGGCUGAUCCCACAGGUUGUGGUGAGGGCUUCUCUUACGUCAAGAUGCCCAACAAGCCCACCACCAAAGAGGAAGCCAAAGAGACACCACAGAAAAAGACAGUUACAGGAACAGAUGCAGACCUUCGCAGACUCAAUUUACGAGAUGCCAAGCAACUCUUGAGGAAAUUUGGGGUGCCUGAAUCAGAGAUCAAAAAGUUGUCACGAUGGGAGGUAAUUGAUGUAGUGCGCACUAUGUCUACUGAGCAAGCCAAACAAGGCCAGGAUGAGACAGGAUGGGGGAAGUUUGCUCGUGGCAACAGGUACUCAGCAGCUGAGCACAUGGAGAGGUAUAAGGAAGAAUGCCAGAGGAUUUUUGAUCUGCAGAAUAGAGUCCUGACAUCAACAGAAACCCUGUCUACGGAUGAAGAGUCCACAUCUGGAGAAGACUCAGACUUUGAGGAAAUGGGAAAAAAUAUAGAGAGCAUGUUGUCCAACAAGAAGACCAGUUCUCAGCUGAGUCUGGAAAAAGAAGAGGCUGAGCGGCGAGAGUUGCAACGAAUGUUGAUGGGGGAAACAGGUGAUAAAGACAAAGACAAGAAGGAUCGCAAGGCAUCCAACCGUGAUGAUACUUUGAAUUUGGAAGGGCGUAAACUGAAAAUCACCAGGACAUUUUUGGAUGAGACUGGCAAGCAGUACACUCGGUCAGAGAUUGUUCGUAAUCCAGCUGUCAUCAACACCUAUGUCCGUAUCCGCCAGACCAAAGAUCCCAGCUUCAUAAAGCAGUUUGCUGCCAUGGAUGAUCAGAUGAAAGAAGAGAUGAGAAAGGAGAGACGGAGACUGCAAGAACAGUUACGCAGAAUCAAACGCAACCAAGAGAAACCUCAAGCUCCACCGCCUCCCAAAAAACCCAAGAAGAAAAAAGAGAAUGCUGUUCUCUUGAAGAUGAAAUGUGGAGCUUGUGGUGGAAUUGGACACAUGCGAACUAACAAGGAAUGCCCAAUGUACAACAAAGGAGGUGUCACAGGACCUGUGCAGGUGGCUAUGACAGAGGAACAGGAGGAGGAAGAGGAGAAGAACUUGCCCGUUGCUGAUGAGGAGUUAAUUAAUGUCGAGGGCACAAAGAUCACUGUCUCCAAGGUGAUCUUUGAACGAGCUGAAAACAUAAGACGGAAAUCUUUGGUGCUGAAAGUGCCCAAAAUGGCUGUAGAGGCAAAAAAGAAACGUCGAAUUGGAAGCACCAUCCAUUGUGACUAUCUCAAGAAACCCAAACAAUCUUCAAAUCGGCGCAGAACUGACCCCUUGGUGACACUGUCCUCAAUGUUUGAACUGAUCCUUAAUGAGAUGCGAGCAUUACCAAAUACCCAGCCAUUCCUGUUCCCUGUAAAUCCAAAAGAAGUUCCAGACUACUACAGGAUUGUCAAGAGACCUAUGGACCUACAGAGCAUGCGAGAGAGUGUUCGUAAUAAGAAGUACCAGUCUAGAGAGGAUUUUUUGAAUGAUCUCAACCAGAUUGUGGAGAACAGCAAGCUCUACAAUGGUGCACCCCAUAUGCUUACACUGACUGCGCAGUCUAUGCUUGAACACUGCCUUAAAAGAUUUGCUGAGCGAGAGCAGAAGUUCAUGCGUUUGGAGAAAGCUAUCAACCCCCUUCUUGAUGACAAUGACCAGGUGGCACUGUCUUACAUCUUUGAAAGUAUUGCAAAAAUGAAAGCUGUUGAAAACUCCUGGCCAUUCCAACAGCCAGUCAACAAGAAGAAUGUGAAGGACUACUAUGACAUCAUUAAGAAGCCUAUGGACCUAGCCACCCUGCUUAAGAAUGUUCAGGACCACAGAUACCAUACACGAGAACAGUUUAUGGAAGAUGUUGAGCUCAUCUAUGUCAACAGCCUCAACUACAAUGGACCAGAAAGUAGCUUCACCCAGACGGCCAGGAGAAUGAUGGAAGUUUGUCGCGAAUGUAUAUCCGAGAAUGAAGAUCACAUUGCUCAGCUUGAGGCUGACAUUCGUGCUUCGCAAGAGGCUGCUUUAGAUGCUGCUGAGUCUGACAGCAUUUUGACGGGUACGUCGCUCAACCAAGAUGACAGUGUUCUGGGAGGAGACAAUGAGAGUUUGGACAGCUUUGCUCUUCGAGAAAAUGUCACCAUUGCUGAGGAUGAUUCUGCCAGUGUAUCUUUGUCUCAAAAUCGAGAAGCCCAUCAGGAUAUGGAGAUGGGCUCUGAUUCUGAGUUUGUUGACAUUGAAGGAGAAGGUUUUGAGGAAAUUGGCAGUGAGGCAAACUAUCGUCAUAGUCGGAAACGCCGAUAUCCACAGGAGGAAGGAGAUGCUUAUGAUGACUAUGAUAUUUCUGAAAGUCAGUUCAAAGACGAUGAUGAAAAUGCUGAUGAUGGAGAUGUUGAAUCACGUGAACAAGAGGAUAUCUUAGGCAAACUUAGUGAAAGUGAAGGGGACGAAGAUCAAAGUAGAGAAGAGACCCUGGAGGAUGUACAGCCUCAGUACAUUGAUGAGUCUGCCCAGGACUUUGAUGCUGCAACUCAAGGUGUCUCUGGUGGGGCUGGAGACUGGUCCACAAGCGGCAUGGGCCUUCAGAUGGAAGAUGAGGAAAUCAGCUUUGACCCAACAGAAUUUUUUAUGAACAGUGCUCUGGCAUCUGCUGCUGGAGCAAGUGGUACAGACAUCAACAACGACUUGCAGGUGUCCGACUCUGAUGAAGAUGGAGAUGAAAAAGAUGAGGCUCCACUAAUUCCAACAGAGAAUCAGAAUAAUGAAGGUUUUGACAUUGAUGAAUACCUGUGACCACUUUUAAGAAGUAUUAGGUGAGAAUUUGUUUCUCUUUGAAAGAUUGUACUGUUGACAUCAUUCAGUGAAGUUCAUUUACCUGCCCAGUGCACAAGCUUAUAGAACUGUGCACAGUCAAGUUAGUGAAGCUGCCAUAGCCUGUAAACUGGAAAAUUCUUUAUACCAAAUUCUGCUUUGAAAGGAUGAUGUGCUCUAAUAUUUGGAGCUGGACAGUUUGUUCUUUCUCCUUUUGGUGUGUGCACAACAUGCAUGUGCAUGGAUUUGUUCACGUGUGCGUGCCAUUAGCAUGUAUCUUUGUGUGCAUAUGUGACAGGAUACCAUGUGGCAUGUAAACGUUUUAUUUCUUCAACUGAGUUAAAAUAAUGCAAUGUUUGUCUGACAUGCAACCUAAAGCAGACUGGUUGGGCUAGUAUUUGUGGAUCCGCCAGUGACGAAAUAAGGCUUGAAAAGCUUUCUCUUGCACCUUAUCUCCCCUAUGACAAGCGAUGUGUAAAAUAUGCUGAUAUUUUGGUUUUCUUCCUUAAUUCUAGUACCUGCUUUGUGUAGACCUCAAUAUGGAGACUUGAUACAAGCACACCAAGUUUCCUGGUAUUUAGCCAAGCAUUCCUGGUGAGGCAAACACUGCAUUAACCUUCAUAAAUAUUUUGAUAUAUUUUUAUGAAAAGAGAGAAGACUGGGCACAAAUGUUUGAAGAUGUCUUCGUAAUGGAUAGAUCAGGUUCAUGAGGAAUAGAAACCAAAUUUCUUUGUGAUGUUUGAAUUGUAGGAAUAUAUGAAGCAAGAAUGUGUAAAUGAUGACUAUGUAAAUGUUUAUACAAGUGAAUGAAGAGAGUAUUGAUACACACA